AUGCACAGGUGGAGGGAAAUCCCUCUGUUUCCAAAUCCCCGCGGUUAUCGACAACGGCGUCACCGUGGUUUUUUGCCCGCUUCUCUCUCUACUACAAGACCAAAUCGCGUCGCUGAUCCACCGUCCGCACGGCGUUCCGUGCGCCUAUCUGUCCGGAGAUUGCCCGAAAACAAUGCCCAUCCCUCCGCCACCAUCAAGCUCCUCUACAUCACGCCCGAAUUCUUCGAGAAGAGCGCGACGCUGCAGUCCGCGCUCGAGGCUUUGAGCCAGGAGGGGCUGCUCGCGCGGUUCGUCGUGGACGAAGCGCACUGCAUUUCCACGUGGGGCCACGAUUUCCGACCCGCCUAUCGCAGGCUUUCGAUGAUUCGAACGCGGUUCCCGCGGGUUCCGAUCAUGGCGCUGACGGCCACAGCGACGCCGGUGGUGGUGGAGGACUGCGUGAAGGUGCUGGGGAUGCGGAACGUGGCGAGAUUCCAGAGAACGUUCGAUCGGCCCAAUCUCCGCUAUGAAGUCGUGAAGAAACACACGAAAUCGGAGGUCAGGAAGUGGAAAGAGAAGCACGAAGGGUCCGCCAGGAAGAGUAGUAAAGACACUCCCCAAUCGGCCAAGUCGGCAGAGCCCGACAAGCCGGGAAAAGCCCCUGUUUGUUAUAUGGACGAAAUCAUUGCGUUUAUUAAGAAACACUUGCAGGACAGCGGGAUCGUGUAUGUGCUGUCGAGAAAGGAGGCAGGUGGGCUCGCAGCGGAGCUUGAAAGGCACGGAAUUUCGUGCGCUUAUUAUCAUGCGGGCAUGACUUCCGCUCAGCGCAUCCGCGUGCAACAGGCGUGGACAUCGAAUCAGAUCCGUGUUGUUUGUGCCACGAUCGCUUAUGGAAUGGGCAUAGACAAGGAAGAUGUGCGCUAUGUUAUCCACACGGUUCUUCCGAAGUCCCUCGAGGGUUAUUACCAGGAAGCUGGGCGAGCUGGACGAGAUGGGAAGCCCAGUCUCUGCAAACUCUAUUACCGAUCUGCGGAUGAGGGAAAGAUUCGGGGACUGAUAAAAAUGGGUCGCAGAUUCGGAUCUGGCUCCAAAGAUCAGGUAAAGCGUCAUGAAAAGAAUUUGGAGUUGAUGGCUGCCUAUUGUAAAAACAGUGAAAAAUGCAGGCGGAAUGUGCUUCUGGAGCAUUUUGGGGAAAUCCCCUCUCUGGAGCGAAUGUGCGACAAAGAAGGGAGCGAGCUCUGUGAUAUUUGUAGAAGGCGAAAAAAGUAG